ACUCGAGUCUAUCGUUAGUGUCACUGCUAUGACAACAGGGAGAUGGCUUCAAGCAAAUUGAUGAGGCACACGCAAAAUUAGAUUUUUAUCUGAACUGCGAACCCCAGACGUUCAGACAGGCUCGUCUUGUUAGAGUGUCACACACAGACCACUGUCCAAACCUCCCUCUGGGUCCUGGAGUCAAAGAAACAUCAGCAUGUAGCCUAUAUCGGCCAACUGUAAGAGUAGUAUGUCUCUGUUCAAGGCGCGUGAUUGGUGGGCCGCGGUGCUGGGCGAGGGGGAGGAGUUUGACCAGGGAUGCCUGUGUGUCGGAGAUGUGGACAACAGCGGCAGCGGACAUGAUAAGAUCGUGGUGGGCAGCUACAUGGGCAUGCUGCGGGUCUUCUCCCCCCACCCUGCCAAGCCUGGAGAGCCCAGCCCGGCCCACAGCCAGCUACUGGAGGUGCAGCUCAGAGACCCCGUCAUCCAGGUUGAAGUGGGCAAGUUUGUCUCGUGUUCAGAUCUGCUUCAUCUGGCUGUGCUGCACCCCAGAAAACUGUCUGUGUACUCUGUCUCAGGUACUGCUGGUAAUGUGGAGCAUGGGGUUCAGUACCAGCUCAAGCGGGUCUAUGAGCACAACCUCCAGAGGACCGCCUGCAACAUGACCUAUGGAACCUUCGGAGGGGUCACAGACCACCACUCUAUGUGUAUCCAGUCCAUGGACGGCAUGCUGAUGUUCUUUGAGCAGGAGAGUUACUCAUUUGGCCGUUUCCUCCCUGGCUUCCUCCUGCCUGGUCCUCUGUGUUACUGCUCCCGCACUGACACCUUCCUCACUGUGUCCUCAGCACGACAGGUGGAGAGCUACAGGUAUGAGACGCUAGCGGUGGCCACGGAUGCAGAGACCAGACAGGAUGCUGAGCAGCAUGGCAAAACUGCAGGGAAGAGACUGACGGCUGACUGGACCCUGGUCCUGGGGGAGCAGGCCUUGGACCUCAGUGUCCCCUCCUUCUCUCCGUCCUCAUCCUCCAUCUUUGUUUGCGGCGAAAGGAACCUGUACUGCCUCAAAGACAACGGACAUAUCCGCUUCAUGAAGAAACUGGAGUACAACCCCAGCUGCUUCCUCCCCUACUCCUCAGUGUCUGAAGGCACCACCAACACCCUGGUCGGUAACCAUAACAACAUGCUGCUGGUGUACCAGGAUGUGACGUUGAAGUGGGCUGCCCAGCUCUCCUGUUCCCCCGUGGCUGUCAGGCUCGCUAACUUCCCGGACCUGAAGGGUGUGGUGGUGACCCUGAGCAAUGAGGGCCACCUGCAGUGUUCCUACAUGGGCACAGACCCCUCCUUCUUCUCCACGCCCAAGGUGGACGCCCGCGAACAGGACUACUCCCAGAUCGACACUGAGAUGAAGAGUCUGCAGAGAGUCAUCAGACAGGCCACCAGGACCCAGGCUGAUAUUCUUCCUGUCGCAGAGACAGAUGAGGAUCUGACUGUUACAGCCACAGUCUCCACUAACAUGGACAGCACAUCGCAAGCACUCAUCCCGGACAUUGAUGGUCUACCCGUCCCCUCAGUCACAGUGAAGAUCAAGGUGACGAGUCGCUGUGCGUUGCAGGGUCCUAAACUGACUGUGUGUGUUCAGCCUCCACUGGCUGUCACCCAGGAUCAGCUUGUGUUGGAACCUCUGGGUGUUGGGUCUAUCACUGUGGUGGCGUUCUCUGCCUUCCUGAAUGGGCACUAUCCACCAGCAGACCUGACUGGAGACGUGGCCGUAUCUUACAGCUCUCCUACAGAGCUCAACCCUGCAGGCAUCCCGAGGGUGGCCCAGUGUAAGUUCUCCCUGCCCCUCCGUCUGGUCUGCUGCCCCUCCGCCCCCUCCAAGAACGCCAAGUAUAAGAUCACUGUGGAUACCAACAAACCGCCGGUCAACCUCAGCGAGGUCUUCCCAGACUUUCUGGAGAAGUCUGAGGACAAGGAGGGAAACGCUCUGGCCUUCCACUUCCUCUCAGGGCCCAGAGUCACUGUAAUGGCCUCCAAGACCUCCCAGCGCUACCGUAUCCAGAGUGAGAGUUUUGAGGACAUCUGGCUGGUGGCUAAGGAGUUGGUGCAGCGCUUCGACCGCCACUUUGCCAAGCAGGGAGUCAAAGACUUCAGAAACAGCUUUGCAGGCCCUAUACCUCUGGCUGAGUACUUUGAGACUGUCGACCACCACUUUGAGCUGCGUGUGAGUGCAGAGAAGUACCAGGACCUCCUGUCAGAGCGGGCGGUCCAGUUCAGAGCCAUCCAACGCCGUCUCCUGACCCGCUUCAAAGACAAGACCCCCGCCCCCCUACAGAACCUAGACACACUGAUGGAGGGCACCUACCGCCAGGUGAUAGCAUUGGCAGAUGCAGCGGAGGAGAACCGGGCAUGUCUGAAUCAGGCGUUUGUCCGUCUGCGCAGCGCCACCCACCUCCUCAUCCUCCUGGUCUCCCUGUGGCAGGGCCUCAACACAGAGCAGAACACCAUCCUGGAGGCUACACUGUUACCCCUGCUACAGGACACACCACAGCUGGGUUGGGAGGAGAGUGUGGACGCGGCCGUGUCUCACCUCCUGAGGACCUGUCUGUCUCGCAGCCCUAAGGAUCAGGCCCUGUCUCUGUCCACCUCCCAGCUCAACAUGCCCAAAGACACGGUCCGCCUGAAGAAGCACAUCACCCUGCUGUGUGACCGCCUGGGCAAGGGUGGACGGCUGUCCCUGGCCUCCGAGGCCAACGUACCCACACCAGUCAUGAUGCCAGGGGGCUGUGAGCCAAUCGCGGAGGCUGUUACGGACCUGGAGGAGCCGCCCCUGCAACAAGAGUCUGCCACCAAGUUCAUCAAAAAGAAACAGCCGUCCAAGAAAGUCAAGUCCAAGACAGAUAAAGAUUCCAAGGACAAGAAAGUGUCUGCUGAGGGAGCAGUCAAGGAGACAGUGGAAGAGACUGCAGAAGAGCCUGUGAAAGAAGUGAAGAAAGAAAAGAAGGACCCCUCUAAGGAAAAGAAGGAGUCGACCAAGGAGCCUAAAGAGCCCAAGGACCCUGGGAAAGAGUCAAAAAAGGAGUCUUUGAAAGAGUCCAAGGAAAAGAAGGAGUCCUCCAAGGAAAAGAAGGAGUCCUCCAAGGAAUCUGGAAAGGAGUCUUCUAAGGACACCAGCAAAGAGUCUUUGAAGGAGCCUGGGAAAGAGAAAGUGUCAAGAAAGUCAUCUGUGAAGGUCAAGGAGAAAAAGAAAGAGCCAGAUGCUGCUGCUGGAGAGGGCUGAUAAUUUCAUGCAAUAAUUACAUUCAGAUACACACACACACACACACACACACACACACACACACACACACACACACACACACACACACACACACACACACACACACACACACACACACACACACACACACACACACACACACA